AUCAAGCUCCUGCUGAUUGGCGACUCCGGCGUCGGCAAGUCCUGCUGUCUCCUGCGCUUCAGUGAGGACUCCUUCACACCCUCCUUCAUCACCACGAUUGGCAUCGACUUCAAGAUCCGGACAAUCGAGCUUGAUGGCAAGCGCGUCAAGCUUCAGAUCUGGGAUACUGCCGGCCAGGAGCGCUUCCGGACAAUCACCACUGCUUAUUACCGUGGCGCCAUGGGCAUCCUGCUCGUGUACGAUGUCACCGACCAGAGAUCUUUUGACAACAUCCGCACAUGGUUCGCCAAUGUCGAACAACACGCCACCGAGGGUGUGAACAAGAUUCUUAUCGGUAACAAGUGCGACUGGGAGGAGAAGCGCGUGGUAUCAACGGAACAGGGCGAGGCGUUGGCACGCGAGCUCGGUAUCCCAUUCCUUGAAGUUUCAGCGAAGAGCAACAUCAACAUCGACAAGGCCUUUUACAACCUGGCGGCAGACAUCAAGAAGCGCAUCAUCGACACAUCCAAAGGUGAUGCUCAGGCUGGUGCUGGACAGUCUGGAGUUGAUGUCGGUCGGAGCGAUGGCAACGGUGGUCUCAGCAAGUGCUGCUAA